AUGGAUAAACUCACGAUCAUCUCGGGGUGCCUGUUUCUGGCUGCAGAUAUCUUUGCAAUAGCCAGCAUCGCCAACCCGGACUGGAUCAACACCGGGGAAUCAGCAGGUGCUCUCACAGUUGGUCUAGUCCGACAGUGUCAGACCAUCCACGGGCGAGACCGGACGUGCAUCCCACCACGGCUUCCCCCCGAGUGGGUGACCACACUUUUCUUCAUCAUCAUGGGCAUCAUAUCCCUCACAGUCACUUGUGGACUGCUGGUGGCGUCACACUGGCGCCGAGAAGCCACCAAAUACGCACGCUGGAUCGCCUUCACCGGCAUGAUCCUGUUCUGCAUGGCGGCGCUAAUCUUCCCAAUAGGCUUCUAUAUCAACGAGGUGGGAGGUCAGCCAUACAAACUGCCCAACAACACCGUGGUGGGCUCCUCAUACGUGCUGUUUGUCCUCUCCAUCUUCUUUACCAUAGUGGGACUGCUGUUUGCAGGCAAAGUUUGCCUUCCAGGCUGA